GACCAUAUCAAAGUAAAUUUCUUUAACCGCGAAUCGUCGUAGAAAACACGAUAAACCAAGAAGAGAAGGGAGAGAAACUUGGAACCCCAGUUGCAGACUUGUGAGUUACUACGUACGAAGCAGAGACUUACAAACUUUAAGAGGAGAAAGAAUGAUGCGAGGAACUGGAUCCGCCGGGUCGAAGCGGCAACAACCGUCGUGGACCACCACCAUUUACCUACGCUUUCGUGCUGCCGAAUUCGAGAUUCUUUUCUUCCUCUUCUUUCUCGUUGCUUUUCUCUUCCUCAAAGAUCUCAUAUCAAGACCCGAGUAUAAUCAGAUUCUGGUGAAGAAGCCUCAACAUGACUUCUGGCCGUUUUAGGAGAUAACUGACUAUGAUGUCGUAAAUUUUGUUUGAUAUUUUUUCAUUUUGUACAAUACUUUCAUCUUAAUUGAAGCUGAUCAAGAAUGUAAAUCUAUGUAUGGAAAGAGACUUUCUGAGGAUGAUUGUCUGAUAUAGAGUAUCUUGUUUGCUGUC